CAGCGGCCGCCAUAUUGGAGGAAAGUCGCCGCCGCCGCUUCCACCUCAGCCCGCCCGUCACCGCCACCGCCCCCCGCGAGCAGGAGCCCUUUCCCUGCCCGCGCGCCGGCCUCUCCCCGGCUGCCGAGCAAGCUGCCCCGAGGGCCCGUCCCCCAUGACUCCCGCCGGGCGCCGGGCGCUGACGACGUCGCCCCAGCGCUUGAAGCGGAGCCCGUGUGGGCCCUCGCGGGCUAGCGGAGAGCGAAGGCGAGCGUCCCGCGCUCGCGCCGCGUCCUGCCGCGCGCCCCGCCGCUGCCUCGGACCUCCGCGGCCCGGGCCGCAGCCAUGACCUCGCUGACCCAGCGGAGCUCGGGCCUGGUGCAGCGCCGCACCGAAGCCUCGCGCAGCGCCGCCGACAAGGAGCGGGCGGCCGGCGGCGGAGGGGGCGGUGUCGGCGACGACGACGAGCAGAGCCGCAGGGACGAGCAGGACGACGACGAAGGAGACUCCAAGGAAACCCGGCUCACCCUGAUGGAGGAAGUGCUGCUGCUGGGCCUGAAAGAUCGAGAGGGUUACACAUCAUUUUGGAAUGACUGUAUAUCAUCUGGAUUACGCGGCUGUAUGUUAAUUGAAUUAGCUUUGAGAGGGCGCCUACAACUAGAGGCAUGUGGAAUGAGACGCAAAAGUCUUUUAACAAGAAAGGUGAUUUGUAAGUCAGAUGCUCCAACUGGGGAUGUUUUACUUGAUGAAGCUUUGAAACAUGUUAAGGAAACUCAGCCUCCAGAAACAGUCCAGAACUGGAUCGAACUGCUUAGUGGUGAGACGUGGAAUCCGUUAAAAUUGCACUACCAGUUAAGAAAUGUUCGUGAAAGAUUAGCUAAAAACCUGGUGGAAAAAGGUGUACUGACAACAGAGAAACAGAACUUCCUCCUUUUUGACAUGACAACACAUCCACUUACCAACAACAACAUUAAGCAACGCCUCAUCAAGAAAGUACAAGAAGCUGUUCUUGACAAAUGGGUAAAUGACCCUCAUCGAAUGGACAAACGCUUGCUAGCUCUUAUUUACCUCGCCCAUGCUUCUGAUGUCCUUGAAAACGCUUUUGCCCCUCUUCUGGAUGAGCAGUAUGAUUUAGCCACAAAGAGAGUGCGACAGCUUCUGGAUUUAGACCCAGAAGUUGAAUGUAUGAAGGCCAACACAAAUGAGGUCCUGUGGGCUGUAGUUGCAGCCUUUACAAAAUAACUAUUGUUGGACUCUUCUUUCAUGCUGUUUGUCUUCUAUUGACUUCUUGUUUUCUGUAAUUCGUACUUUCUCACAAUAUGAAUUGGAUCUUGUUUUAUGGAAACAAUAGAUGGCUUUUCCUGUAUGUUGUGUGUAUGCAAGAUUCUGCUGGUACGAGACACCUUCCUAUUUCUGUUAUUAAAAACAAAUACUGCCAUAUUGGCAUUCCAUUUACUAUUGAACUCCAGUUGCUUGCAAUUCUUAAUGUAAAUUUUUGUUUGUUUCUGGUAUGCUUUGACUUUCAAAGUACCUCCACUCCUACAUGCACAUCUUUUGGAUUACCUCAUCUUGAGCUGUUCCACAUGUGUAUGUGUCUAUAGCAUUCUGCAGUACAAUUCAGACGAGUCACAAAAAAGGCCUUUAACUCACCAAAGGUAAAUACCUGUAUCUAUUAGGACAUUUUAUACAUAGACCUCAGUUGAGAUGUGUACUUAGCAAAGUUAUUUUUAAAUUAAAACAGCACAUUAAAUACUUAAUGUAAAAUGCCCCCCCCCCAAGUCUCGCUUCCCAUGUAAAUCUUAUUGUAUACAUAUGCUAUGGUUUAAUAGUUAAAAAUCAAAAUGAAAGUUUGUGUCUAAAGGUCCAGUUGUUUCACAUAGCAGGUUUGGGAUGAAAUAAUGCAUUCCAGUAUAUUCUGUAUAUAGUUUGGAUUGUAUAUUAACAGCCCUCUUCUCCUGAUCCUGUUCCUCUUCAUCUAAGUAUUUUUCAAGAUUUAAUUAGUUAUACACCUCUUUGUGUCCUUGCUUCAACCAUUGCCAUUUGGUCAAAACCUUGACCUCUUUACUAAGGGGAAGAAAGAAAGUGUGUGUGUGAGUGUGUGUGUGUGUGUGUGUGUGUGUGUGUGUGUGUGUGUGUGUGUGUGUGGCGCUACAGGUGUGUUUAUAAUUGAUUCCAGUAUCUACUGAGCUGUGCCAUUCAUGGUACUCUGCCUAUGCAUAUAUAUUUUGGACAUUUAUCACCCCAUUUGUAUAAUUUCUGUAUGGAAAUAGGCUUGUGACCAGUACUGAUCUUGAGUACAGCUGUUUUGUUUUUUUUAAACUUUUGUCUGCAAGUAAAUUAACGUUUGUCUCUUAAAUGUCAUUUAUCUACUUAACACUUUUUUGGGGGGAAAGGGUGGGGGAGGUGGGAAGCAAAUGUCAAUUCUAGCAGGUGUUGCAUGUAAAUUGUUAGUAAGUAAUGACUACAGCUCAGAUGAUUAAGAUUUCUGUAACAGGAAGCUCUGCUAUGUUUUCAUUUUUUUAUAUAUUAUAAUUAUGAUGAUUUGCUCAUUAUUGUAAAAUUAUAAACUUUGACUUUAUAAAGUUUAGUUAUUAUUUACCACUGUUUAUCAUACCACCAUUGGUUUCAUAAUGUAAAUACUAAACAUUGAAAAAUAAAACAUCAAAUUUUUUAUCACCAUAGUACAUACUAAUAUUGGGGCUUUCAGGUGUUCAGAAUUAUUUUGUUUAACAUUGAGGGCAAAAAUAAUAGAUGGUGUAUAAUUCUAGAAUUGAAAUUUAAGGGAUCCCUAAUCUGUAUACUAGCUUUUUACCUGAAGUAAUAAAUAAACUAUGAUCUUGAAAGUGCCUGAACCAGA